UUUUGUGUUUUGAGAAAGCUUCUUUCCCUCAUUUUCUUACCCUUCUUGACUCCUGUUGGGCCUGGGCUAUGCUGCAGGGCAGAUCAUCCAGCAGAGCUCCAACAUGCCAGCAGCAUCUGGAAAGAGAUUCAAACCUAGCAAGUAUGUCCCAGUAUCAGCUGCCGCAAUCUUCUUAGUAGGAGCCACCACUCUCUUCUUCGCUUUUACGUGUCCAGGACUCAGCUUUUACAUCUCCCCAAUCAUCCCCAUUUACAAUGCUGUGGUCUUCCUUUUUGUGCUGGCCAACUUCAGUAUGGCCACUUUCAUGGAUCCUGGCAUAUUCCCUAGAGCUGAAGAAGAUGAGGAUAAGGAGGAUGACUUCCGAGCUCCCCUAUACAAAACUGUGGAAAUAAAGGGUAUUCAAGUGCGUAUGAAAUGGUGUGCAACAUGCAGAUUCUACCGGCCCCCACGCUGCUCCCAUUGUAGUGUCUGUGACAACUGUGUGGAGGAAUUUGACCAUCACUGCCCAUGGGUGAACAACUGCAUAGGAAGACGCAAUUACCGCUACUUCUUCCUCUUCCUGCUCUCACUUACAGCGCAUAUCAUGGGCGUGUUUGGUUUUGGUUUACUGUAUGUCCUAUAUCAAGUGGAGGAGCUCUCUGGAGUCCGCAUGGCUGUUACAAUGGCGGUCAUGUGUGUGGCUGGCUUGUUCUUUAUUCCUGUAGCUGGCCUUACGGGAUUCCAUGUGGUACUGGUAGCCAGAGGUCGCACUACCAAUGAACAAGUUACAGGCAAGUUCCGAGGUGGGGUAAACCCAUUUACCAAUGGCUGCUGUAAGAAUGUCAGUCGUGUCCUCUGCAGCUCUCCAGCCCCCAGGUAUCUUGGGCGGCCAAAGGGAGAACAGACUGUAUUAGUGAGGCCUCCAUUCUUACGGCCAGAAAUAUCAGAUGGACAGGUUGCUAUGAAGAUAAUGGAUAAUGGUAUCCAGGCUGAACUGAAGAGAACAAAGUCCAAAGGAAGCCUUGAAGUGACAGAGAGCCAGUCUGCUGAUGCUGAACCACCACCGCCACCCAAACCAGACCUCAGCCGCUACACAGGUCUGAGGACACAUUUAACCCUGGCCACCAAUGAGGAUAGCAGUUUGCUAAGUAAGGACAGCCCUCCUACUCCAACUAUGUAUAAGUAUCGACCUGGCUACAGUAGCAGCAGUGCUUCAGCUGCAAUGCCUCACUCCACCAGUGCCAAGCUAAAUCGAGGAGACAGUCUGAAGGAGCCAACAUCUAUUGUUGAAAGCAGCCGAAACCCCAGCUACCGUUCAGAACCAAGUCUGGAACCAGAAAGUUUCCGAUCACCUACUUUUGGCAAGAGUUUCCAUUUUGAUCCUCUAUCCAGUGGUUCCCGCUCCUCCAGCCUCAAGUCAGCUCAAGGCACAGGCUUUGAAAUGGGCCAUCUUCAGUCAAUCCGCUCCGAAGGCACUACUUCCACAUCUUACAAGAGCUUGGUGAACCAGACACGCAAUGGGAGCUUGUCAUACGACAGUCUUCUCACACCAUCUGAUAGCCCUGAUUUUGAGUCAGUGCAGGCAGGUUCAGAGCCAGACCCGCUCAUGGGAUACACGUCUCCUUUCCUUUCAGCCCGUAUUGCUCAGCAGCGGGAGGCUGACUUGCACAGUCGUUUUCCAAGCUCUGGUUCGCCCAAACACCAGCAACCUUGUGAUUCUUCACCCGUCCGCUAUGACAAUCUUUCGCGGCAUAUUGUGGCUUCCAUGCAAGAACGGGAGAAGUUGCUGCAUCAGUCAUCUAUGCCGUCACCCCUGGCCAAAGAGGAAGAUACAGGCCUAGGGGACUCUGGGAUACAGUCCACGCCGGGGUCCAGCAAUGCCCCACGAACGAGUUCCUCUUCGGACGAUUCAAAACGUUCACCUUUGGGCAAAAACCCACUCACCCGCCCAGUGGCACCUCGCUUUGGCAAACCAGAACCACCACAUGCACUUAGAGUGCGCGUGCUGGGCUCCCCAGACCAGCUUUCAUCCUCCCACAUGGGCAAAUCUAUGUCUUACAGCAGCCAAAAACAGUCGCCUCAGGCUGUCGUCCCAGAGACUGAGGAGGUGGCCUUGCAGCCUUUACUGGCACCAAAAGACGAGGUGCAGAUGAGACCCUCUUACAGCAAGUCUAAUGGACAGCCCAGGACUCUGGGCUCAACCUCACCCAUCCCUGGCCAGCCACCUCUCAACAGUCCCACUCGAGGAGGAGUCAAGAAAGUCUCUGGAGUGGGUGGGACCACAUACGAGAUUUCUGUAUGAGGAGCCGAUCUCCCCGCUAUCUACUCCUCUUUGGCUGAUUUCCAAACAUCCUGUCCCUGGUGAGCAGGAGACAUGGAUUUUGCUGGGCAAAUGGUUGCUCCAUCACAUGCAUGGACUUUUUAAAGAAAUAAAGAAAUAAAUCCAGGUUUUGGUGGGUUGGGGAGAACAGAGAGGACAAUUACCUUUUAAACUUUAAAACUAUUUUGAGAGAGUUUCUAAACACUACAAUGGGAUCUCGGCCUUGCUCACCUCCGCAGCCUGCACUCUUCCCUCUCAGUCGCCAGGAGACUGCCGUCUGUAGCACUUUGCCGAGAGUGAAGGGAAGGACUUGGUGUCAGCCUCCUCGUGUGGAAGAAAGUGCAGGCUGUAGCCUGCCUUGCUACCAACAGAACAGUUAAUUGUGGACCUUGUGCAAUCGCUCGCCUAGUGCGGUAGGGGUUGAUCAUUUUUAAU